GCCUGCACACUAACUAACAUGCAGAAGGGAGUGUGCUGUUCAGGGAACUCAACAUCUGGCUUUGCUACUUUUUGUGACAGGGAAUACAGGGGAACAAAUUACUUCUGCUGCUCCUUCAAGACUGAGACAUUGUCACCUGGAUGGUCUAAAGGAAACAAAAGACAGGAGUAGAGCCCCUGGCCUUCCCUUUGGGUACCACCACCAUUUGGAAAAGCAGGAGUGUAAAAAUAAACCAGGUUGGCAAAUCAGACCAGAGCUGAAAGAUUCUCUGAUUCUGGGAAACGAAGGAUUGGCAAGACAGCUGAAGAUGACCAGGAGGAGGUUAUACUGGGUCCCCAGAUCUUCUGGUGGCCUUGGGAAUCUCGGCAUGGACAUGAGCAAUGAUGUGGUUUCAGGGCUUAGCUACAAUACUUACACUCCAGGAGACGGCCCCUGGAGCCAGCAGGUGAGGAAGCCUGAGGCACCAGGGAUGGCGACAGUCCUCCCUUGGGGGAAAUACGAUGCUGCCUGGAGAACCAUGAUUCCCUUCCGUCCCAAGCCAAAGUUUCCUGCCCCACAACCCCUGGAUGAUGCUGGCCUGUUCUCACACCUCACGUUGUCAUGGCUGACCCCACUCAUGAUCCUAGGUUUACAGAAACGCUUGGAUGAGAACACCAUCCCCCAGCUGUCGGUACAUGAUGCCUCAGACAAAAAUGCUAAAAGGCUCUGCCUCCUUUGGGAAGAAGAAGUCUCAAGACAUGGGAUUGAAAAAGCUUCAGUUCUUCGAGUGAUGAUGAGAUUUCAAAGAACAAGGGCUCUCUUCGAUAUAUUUCUUGGCUGCAUCUUCUCUGCCUCGGCCGUGCUAGGCCCAAUGCUGAUUAUACCAAAGAUCCUGGAAUAUUCUGAAGCACCGUCAGGGAAUAUUGCCUAUGGGGUGGGACUCUGCUUUGCCCUCUUUUUCACGGAGUGCUUGAAGUCUGUGAGUUUGUGCUCAUGCUGGGUCUUAAACCAGCGCACAGGCAUCAGGUUUCGUUCUGCUGUUUUCUCGUUUGCCUUUGAGAAGCUAAUGCAAUUUAAAUCUCUAACACACAUCACCACUGGAGAGGCCAUCAGCUUCUUUGCCAGUGAUGUAAACUACCUAUUUGAAGGGAUGUACUACGGCCCCCUGAUCUGGAUCAUCUGUUCAUUGCUGAUUGCCUGCACUGUCACCUCCUACCUCAUUCUUGGACCCACUGUGCUCUCCACCACUCUUUGCUACCUCCUGAUUUUACCAGUGGAGGUGUUCCUGAUCAAAAGGAUUGUUAAGAUAUACAAACACACCUCUGAGAUCAGUGACCAGCGCAUCCGUGUGACCAGUGAAGUUCUCACCUGCAUUAAGCUGAUUAAAAUGUAUGCAUGGGAGAAACCAUUUGAAAAAAUAAUUAAAGACCUCAGAAGAAAGGAAAAGAAACUAUUGGAAAAGUCUGGGAUCAUCCAGAGCCUGACCACUGCCUCCGUGUUUAUAGCCCCCACAUUGACCACAACGGUGAUGUUCCUCAUCCACACAGCUUUACAACGGAAACUCACGGUUUCAGGGGCCUUCACUGUGGUGGCCACCUUGAUUCCCAUGCGGCUGUGUGUGUUCUUUGUGCCCUUCGCAGUAAAGGGCCUCACGAUUUCCAAGUCUGCGGCGGAGAGGUUUAAGAAAUUUUUCCUCCAGGAGAGCCCUGUUUUGUAUGUCCAGGCACUGAAAGAUCACAGCAAAGCAGUGGUUUUGGAGGAGGCCACCUUGUCAUGGCAACAGACCUGCCCUGGGACUGUCAAUGGGGCCGUGGAGCUGGAGAAGAAUGGGCAUGCUCCCAAGGGGAUGGCCAGGGCUCAGCCAGCUCCAGGAGCCCUUGGGCCAGAGGACACAAGGGACAGCCUAGCCCCAGAGUUGCACAAGUUAAACCUGGUGGUGUCAAAGGGGACCAUGUUGGGGGUCUGUGGCAACACCGGAAGCGGCAAAAGCAGCCUGCUGUCCGCCAUCCUGGGGGAGAUGCACUUGCUGGAGGGCUCAGUGGGGGUGCACGGAAGCCUGGCUUAUGUCCCCCAGCAGGCCUGGAUCAUCGGGGGUAGCAUCAGGGAGAACAUCCUCAUGGGAGACCAGUAUGACAAGGCCUGGUAUCUCCAGGUGCUCCAAUGCUGCUCCCUGAACAGUGACCUGGAAAUUCUGCCCUUCGGAGACAUGACCGAGAUCGGGGAGCGGGGCCUCAACCUCUCUGGGGGGCAGAAGCAGAGGAUCAGCCUGGCCCGUGCCGUCUACUCUGACCGCGAGCUCUAUCUGCUAGACGACCCUCUGUCUGCUGUGGACACCCUUAUAGGGAAGCACAUCUUUGAGGAGUGCAUUAAGAAGAUGCUCAGGGGGAAGACGGUCAUUCUGGUGACCCACCAGCUGCAGUAUUUAGCAUUUUGUGACCAGAUCAUUUUCUUAGAAGAUGGGAAAAUCUGUGAAAAAGGAAUUCACAAUGAAUUAAUACAGAAAAAGGGGCGAUACGCCGAACUCAUCCAGAAGAUGCAUGGAGGAGGAACCACACAGGACAAACUGCAGGACACAGCAAAGCCAGCAGAAGACCCUCAAGUGCAAGGGCAGGCCCAGACCACUGGCCAGGAAGAGCCUCUCCAUGAAAAUGCUGUGCUGGAAAAUCAGCUCACAAAGAAGGAGAAGAUGGAAGAAGGGUCCCUGAAAUGGAGCGUCUACCACCACUACAUCCGGGCAGGUGGAGGUUACAUGGUCUCUGCCAUUGUUUUCUUUCUCAUGAUGGUGAUCAUCUUCCUCAUGACCUUCAACUCCUGGUGGCUGAGCCAUUGGUUAGAGCAGGGCUCAGGGACCAAUAGCAGCCAAGAGAGCAAUGGAACUACUGCAGACCCAGGCGACAUACUGAACAACCCUCAGCUGUUGUAUUACCAACUGGUGUAUGGCCUCAGUGUCCUGCUUCUAAUCUUCAUGGGUGUUUGCUCCUCGGGGGCUUUCACCAAGAUCACGAGGGAAGCAUCCACAGCAUUGCACAACGAGCUCUUCAACAAGGUUUCUGGCUCCCCCAUGAGCUUCUUUGACACAACACCAACAGGCCAACUCCUGAACUGCUUUAAGGGGGACUUGGAUGCGCUGGACCAGUUGUUGCCCAUUGUUGCUGAAGAGUUCCUGCUCCUGUCUUUGAUGGUGGUUGCCAUCUUGUUGGCUGUCAGUGUGCUGUCUCCAUACAUCCUGCUGAUGGGAGUCAUAUUAGUCACUAUUUGCCUUAUUUAUUAUUCGAAGUUUAAGAGGGCCAUCAACACAUUCAAGAGACUGGAGAACUACAGCCGCUCCCCUCUGUUCUCCCACAUCCUCACCACUGUGCAGGGCCUGAGCUCCAUCCAUGUCUAUGGAAAAAUUGAAGACUUCAUCAGCAAGUUUAAGAGGCUGAGUGAUAUACAGAAUAACUACCUGCUGAUGUUCCUGUCUUCCUCGAGAUGGAUCUCACUGAGGCUGGAGAUCAUGACCAACCUGCUGUCCUUCACUGUGGCCUUGUUCGUGGUUUUUGGCAUCUCCUCUGCCUCCUAUUCCUAUAAAGCCAUGGCUAUCAGCCUCAUCCUGCAGCUAGCGUCCAACUUUCAGGCCUCUGCCCGGAUUGGUUCAGAGACAGAGGCGUACUUCACUGCUGCGGAGAGGAUGCGUCAAUACAUGAAGAUGUGUGUCCCUGAGUCUCCUUUACACAUCGAAGGCACGAGCUGUCCCCCUGGGUGGCCACAGCAUGGAGAAAUCACAUUCCAGGAUUAUCACAUGAAAUAUAGGGACAACACACCCAUUAUCCUCAAUGACAUCAACCUGACAAUUCAUGGCCAUGAAAUGGUGGGCAUUGUGGGAAGGACAGGCUCUGGGAAGUCCUCCUUGGGGGUGGCUCUCUUCCGGCUGGUGGAGCCUGCAGCAGGCCGGAUUCUCAUCGAUGGCGUGGACAUCUGCAGUAUCAGCCUAGAGGAACUGCGGUCCAAGUUCUCAAUUGUCCCUCAAGAUCCUGUCCUGCUUUCAGGAACCAUCAGAUUCAACCUAGAUCCCUUUGACCGCUACACAGAUGAGCAGAUCUGGGAUGUCUUGGAGAGGACAUUCCUGAGCAUGACAAUCUCAAAGUUACCACAAGGACUGCAAGCAGAAGUGGUGGAAAGUGGCAGAAACUUCUCUGUGGGGGAGAGGCAGCUGCUCUGCAUUGCGAGAGCACUCCUUCGCAACUCAAAGAUCAUCCUUAUUGAUGAAGCCACAGCUUCCAUUGACAUGGAAACCGAUACUUUGAUCCAGCACACAAUCCGUGAAGCCUUCCAGAACUGCACAGUGCUGGUCAUUGCACACCGCAUCACCACUGUACUCAACUGUGACCGCAUCCUGGUCAUGAGCAACGGGAAGGUUGUAGAGUUUGAUAGACCCGAGGUCCUGCAGCAGAAGCCUGAUUCUGUGUUUGCUGCCCUACUGGCAACAGCCAAUUCUUCGCUGAGUUAAGGAGAACUGGGGACUGCGUGUGGCCUGAUGGCAGAGCCAAGUGUAGCUGUGAGACCUGCAUCUAUGACCUUCUUGUGUAGAGAUGGCUACUUCUCCUGAAAGCAGGGCUGAAAUGUGCUCAGGGGUGCUGGCAGUGAGAUAGAAAAGAAGACUGGGGGAGCAAAACCUGUAAUAGGCCACUCUGUGGCUCCCCAGAUCUGGGAACCCCCGCACCCUUUGAGACCAUGUGGUCAAAUCAUCAUAUGCCUCUUUUUAACUGAUAUGUUGAGUAAUUUCGUAAUAAUUUGAAAGCUUAUUAUAGUUUUAAAAGCAUUGCAAAUGCUGUAUUGAGUUUGUAAAAAAUAAAAGUAAGAAAAAGUCACA